UUCCUGAACUAAAGGAAAUAUGAGCCAAGCCUGGAGUCAUUUGAAGAAGCUCAUUAUGAUGAGUACGAGUAUUACAAUCUGGCGGAUUACCCGGCUCACAAAGGAGGGAAGGGAAGGAGCAAGAAGGAGAGGGGUCGGAAUACAAACCGCCGCUGUCCGGCUGGGCAUGAGAGGAAGAUCACGGAGAAACUCUACAACAGCCAGCUGAAAAGGAAGAGAGCUCGGAGCAGGUCCUAG